AUGCAUCUGCCGGUUCCAACAAACCUGCACUCUCGCCACGCCUUUAACCAAACUAGGGCCAUGGCUGAUACUGCCGGUUUCGAGGCUUUCGCGUUCCGGUCCGCAGACGAGAUUCUUGCCGAGAAUAGCCUCAACACCACUGACGUCUUUCGGAGUUUUCCUGUCGAUAGCAAUGCCGGCGAGAUCCGCCUCCUGAAGCUCGAGGACGGCGAGUGGGACGACCCGAUCAGGAUUGACUUUCAGGUCGCCGGCAGCCCCGAGCAGAGUUCGGAUGCCUUACGGUACAACGCCGUCUCGUACGCGUGGGGCGUAGACGACGUCUCCGGGGAGAUGUGGCGAUACCGCAUCUCGCUCUGCGGGAGGCCCCUGCUGAUUACCUGGAACCUGUUCUCGGUCCUGCGCCGCCUGCGUGUUUACAACAAGCACGUCCUCGGACGGGACGCCGGCGGCGAGGGGGCCGCGCCCUCGCCGCAGCUGCUGUGGGUCGACGCCGUCUGCAUCAAUCAGGCCGACGCGGAGGAGCGCGGGCGCCAGGUGCGCAUGAUGGGCAGGAUCUACUCGGGCUGCGCCGAGGUGCUCGUCUUCCUGGACGAGUGGCAGCGUCAGUCGGUCGUCAAGCACGACGCGGGCCCGGACAGUGCGCGGUGGUUCCGGGGCGACGCGGCCGACUUUGGGCCGCUUUGGGACGGCUACCGGUCCAUGUUUGACUCGACGGCCACCGACGGGCAGCUGGGGGUCCCGGGUGGGGAGGCGUCGGCGCCCGGAGAGCCUGGGGGCUUGGCGGCGGCGACGACGACGACAUCCUACGCGGGCAGCAUCACGAUCGCCCAUCUGUCGUUCCUGCUCGCGUGGGCCGUCCGGCUGCUCGCCGAGGGGCGCCACAUCAGCGAGAUAGCCCCCUUCCGGCCGGACAUGGAGGCCGGCGGUGCCGAGACCAGGGACCUGAUCGACGGCCUGACGGACUUCGCCGCGAGGGUGGGGUCCGCGCGGUGGUUCGGCCGGCUCUGGGUGGUGCAGGAGGGGGUGCUGGGCCCCGCGGUGCGCGUCCUGUUCGGCACCGCGUCGCUGCCGCUCGACACCAUCGCGGCGGCACGGGCGGCGCGCCGGGCCCACGCCGGGUGCUGGCGCUGCCACGACGAGGCGGGCGGCGUCGGGGCCAAGCUGCUGCAGACCGCGGUGCAGCGCUUCCUCGACAGCAUCAACGACGUCGCGGGCCUGCGGCGCGAGCGCGGCCGCAAGAGGCCCCUCCUCGAGCUCUGCCUUCGCUUCAUGUACCGGGACUCGGGGCUCGACCACGACCGCGUGUUUGCGCUGCUCGGGCUCGCGGCGGAGAGCUUCGAGCCUGACUACGGGGAGGAGCUGGCGGACGUCUAUACGCGAGUGUGCAGGUCCCACAUACUCGAGCAUCGCUCCCUCACCUGCCUGUCGUUCGCCGAGUUUCGCUACAGGUGCAGAUAUAACGAUUUCCCCAAGGCAUGCAAUGCACACGGCAGCUUCAUACCAUCGUGGGCCGUCGAUUUCUCGGCCAUCUCGGUGGAGAAGAUCAACGGGAACUACCUGGUCUGGUACCAGCGGCUGCCCAACUUCAACGCAUGUAGAGGCCUGGCCCCCCUCGCGGCUGACGUCGACGACGACAACACGCUCCUGCUGCAGGGCAUCGAGUUCGACCGCGUGGCGAGGCUUGCCACCAAGCGCCGGCCCGUCUGGCCGCGCACAUACGACGCGCUCUUUGGUGAUUGGGACUGGGAAGCGGACAGCUCUGAAGUGUCAGACGAUGAAGCGGGCGACGAAACAGCGUGGGCCGACACGGCCAGCCUGGGUGAAUACCAGAGCAGUAUCUUCGACGAGGCCAAGGCCGACAUGUUCUACCACUGGAGGAACCUGGUCAGAUCCAGAGCGCGGGAUCCCCAGAGCGACGCCUACGUGGGGGGCGGCACCUGGGCCGACGCGUGGUGGCGGACGCUCUGCUUGGACCAUGGCUGGGGCCCAGGCAGGCUGCUGCAGCGAGCAUCCGGGGACGACAUUCGGGUGCUGUCGACGUCCAUAGAGCGGGAGGAGGCCUGCAUGUCAUUCAAGACGCUCCAAGAGGCGCAGGAGUCCAGGAGUGCGGCCGGGCCAGGCUUGUCAUUUGAGGACUUCCUUCAUAGCCUGGAGACGGGCAACUUCAACACGGACACGCGCACGAUGGACAUGGUGAACGCCAUCUCGCCUGGAUUGAUGGGCCGCAAGUUGUUCUUGACGGAAAGGGGGUACUUGGGCUUGGGCGCGUCAAAUCUGUGGGUGGGCGACUCUGUGUUUAUCCUGCCUGGAGCCAGGGUCCCGGUGAUCCUGAGGCGGAUGGUUGACGAAGAGGGCCCCGUGAGUACAGAGUACGGGCCGGCGUACAAACUCGUGGGAGAUGGUUAUGUCCACGGGAUCAUGGACGGGGGAGCAGUAACUGCAGCCGGCUCUGCAGUUGUGUCGUUGCUGCUUGCAUGA